AUGUACGUGUUAGCGGUCACAGUAGUGGUCGCCGUGUCGCUGAAGGUCACGGUCGCCUCAUGGAUCCACCAGCGAGGAACUCCAUUUGUGGAGAUUCGGUUUUUCCCCAAUCCCGUAAAUUAUAAUGAUAACGAGUUAUUCUGCGGCGGCUAUGCCGUUGGGAACAGAAACGGAGGGAAAGUGCGGGGUAUGCGGGUGAUGCUGAGCAAUCUCAGCGAACCUCGACCUCAUGAGGCUGGCGGCAUGUACGGCAAGGGUAUCAUAACCGACACGGCAUUACAGUGUGGGGGCAGAGUAAAACAGAAACGAGAUAGAACAGAGGGAGAAGAGAGAAAGAGAAUAGAGUGGUAUUCACAUUUCUCUAGAUUAGGAGAAGGUUCAGUAGUCGUUGAAUUUUGUCGUGAACCUAAUAAAGAUUAA